CAAAGCGAAAAACCAGCUAAAAUACCCCAAACACAAAAUCCCUAAAUAUCUCAAAAUUGAAAUUCACUCAGUUAAUCUAAGAGGAGGAGGAUGGAUUUCAGGCUAAUGGGUAUCGACACUCCACUGUUCCAGACUCUCCAUCACCUCAUGGACACAGCCGGUGACGAUUCCGACAAGUCCGUCAACGCCCCAUCGAGGAACUAUGUACGUGAUGCUAAGGCCAUGGCUGCAACACCAGCCGACGUGAAAGAGUACCCGAAUUCCUAUGUUUUCGUAGUGGACAUGCCAGGGUUGAAAUCCGGAGAUAUUAAGGUGCAAGUGGAAGAUGACAAUGUGUUGCUGAUCAGUGGAGAAAGGAAGUGGGAAGAAGAGAAAGAAGGGGCUAAGUAUAUCAGAAUGGAGAGAAGGAUUGGGAAAUUCAUGAGGAAGUUUACGCUGCCUGAGAAUGCGAAUAUUGAUGCGAUUUCUGCUGUUUGUCAAGAUGGAGUUUUGACUGUUACUGUCCAGAAGUUGCCUCCACCUGAGCCUAAGAAACCCAAAACUAUCGAGGUUAAAAUUGGAUAAGAUUUUGUUACUCUGUUGAUAGUCUGACUCUGUAAUAAAAAUGGUAGAGAUGUAGGAGUGGUUAUCUUAUCCUUGUCUUCUUUAUAUUUUUUAGAUGUUUUAUGCUAAAUAUGUAGGCACUCUAUCUCCUGUUUAAUGCAAGUGAAAUGCUACUAGUAUCCGGUUUUGUUUCA